AAUAAAUAAAAUCUUAAAAAAAAAAAAAACACGCAGAAAACAAGUGUUGUUGAGGAUGUGGAGAAAAGGGAACCCUUGUGCACCGUUGGGAACGUGAAUUGGUGUGGCUGCUCUGGAAAACAGUGUGGAGGUUCCUGGAAGAAACUAAAAACAGAAUUGCCCUACGACCCGGCAAUUCCACUGCAGGGCACAUACCCCAAAGAAAUGGAAGUAGGGUCUCAGAGAGAUAUUUGCACACCCACAUUCAUAGCAGCAUUAUUCACAGUGGCUACAGCAUUGGAUGGACAAGCAAAUAUGUGUUAUUCAGCCUUAAGAAGGAGGGAACCUCAGACAGGAGCUCCACCGUGGAUGAACCCUGACGACAUUAUGCAGCGUGACCUAGCGAGGCACCAAAGGACAAAUACUGUGUGAUCCCACUUAUGUAGGUAGCUAGGGUAGUCAGACUCCUAGAGAUGGAAAGUGGGAUGGUGGUGCCCGGGGCUGGGGGCUGGGCGUGGCGUUCAAUGGGGACAGAGUCUCAGGUGAGCAGGAGUUAGGAGGUUGGAUGGUGGUCGUGGCCGCAGGGCACUGUGAAUGGAUUCAUUCAGUAUCACUGAGCUGCACACUGGAAAAUGGCUAAGAUGGUGGAUUUUGUGUUAGGUGUAUUUUUACUCAAAUUUUAAAAAGUAUUUAAUUUAUUUUGAGAGAGAGGGUGUGAGUGGGGGAGGAGCAGAGGGAGAGGGACAAGCAGACUCCCCACUGGGCGCAGAGCCUGUCCCGGGCUGGAUCCCAGGACCCUGAUCACGACUUGAGCCGAAAUGAAGAGUCGGACGCUUAACCCACUGCGCCACCUGGGCGCCCUUAACUCAAUUUUUAGAAAGAAAUAAAAGAGGGUACCGAAGAGCGGGGGAACCUUGCCUCGGUGGGGUUCAUUGUUGUUUAGUCCCGGGUGCGUCUAGGAUCACCUCCUGGGCUGUCCAGGAGGAGGGAAAAUGUAGGGAUGGUGGUGGUGGAGGCCUUGAGGCCAUGUCAGGAGCCUGCCCUGCACCGCUGUGUGGAGCAUUGAAAGCAUCCUGACCAGAGGGGCUCUUGAGGAGCAUGGACUGGGGAGUGCGGCGAGGGAAGGGGAUCGGCAGGGUCAAUGGCGGAGUGGGCCAGAGGGUGAAGACAGAGGGUGGAGAACAGAGCGGGGCAGCAUUUUCUAAGACAAGAGCAGGUGCGCUUAGUGGUCCGCUGGAUGUGCAGGUGACGAGACAAAAAUCAGGACAGUGAUGCCUGUGGACACUGUUGGGGACGAUGGUGGAGCCCGGGUCAAGAGCAGGGGCCCCAGGAGGCAGGCUGUGCUGGGGGCUGGGGACAGAGGGCACCGGUGUCUGGGGAAUUGCAUUCAGAUUUGGGUUUCGAGGGUUUUGAGCUGCCCCUGUCCGCAAGGAAGACCUCCGUGAUGAUGAGUAACGUAGAAGCAAUGAGCACAUUCUGCAUCUCCGUAGUGUAUGUGUUAGUUUCUGAUAUGAAAGCAUUUCAGAGCUACUCACGGGCACAGGGAUACCCCUGAGAGCCACAUCUCCCCCUUUUCCAGGUUCAGAAAUCAUCCUUUGUUUGCUCUGACCCCCUUUUGUCUGUCCUUUUCCUUCACUGUAGAAGUGUUUUUUAUUUUAUUUUAUUUUAUUUUAUUUAUUUUAUUUUUUUAAUUUAAUUUAAUUUAAUUUAAUUUAAUUUAAUUUAAUUUAAUUUAAUUUAAUUUAAUUUUAAUCUAUUUUUAAAGUAGGUUCCACGCCCAAUGUGGAGCUUGAACUCAUGCCCCCCGGGACCAAGAGUCAUGCUCUACCCACUGAGCCCUCCAGGCGCCACCGCAGAAGUAUUUUAGAGCAAAUCUCAGCCAUCAUGUCAGUUGACCCUUACACACUACAAAAACAUCUCUAAAAAAAUAAGAUGGAUAUUUUCUUACCUGUCCAUAAGACCAUUUCCACACCCAACAGAAGCGAUGAGAGUGCCCUGACGUCAUCGAAUACCCAGUCCAUAAUCAAUUCCCUUGAUUGUCUUUAAAAAGUUUUUUUUUUGUUUUGUUUCACACCAGGUUUCUUUGACUCUGACUCCAAACAUGGUCCCCACAUGCUUUUGAUUGUUCAGUCGCUAAUGUCUCUUUGACUCUAGACUAUAUGCCCUGUGGUUUCUAAAUUUGAUAUAACAAUUUUUAUUUGUAUAAAACUAAAGAAGAAAAUGCUUUAAAAAGCUUUUAUUUUCCCUAUACCAAGAGAAUUUACUCCUUUAAAAAAGAUCACUAUUCACGAGGGCCGCCGGUAGGUUAAUAUAAUGCAAGGUUGAUAAUGCAGACAGAUCUCUAGAAUAAGAACAUAAACCAGAUUUAGGGUCUCAAGGUAAAGGGUAACACAGUGUAGUCCAGACAGCUCCUUGCAAACAACCUCCUGAAGUUUGGGUUGACAAGAUCUAGAAUGAGAAUACUAAAGAACAUCUCGUUUUAAAUUAGACUUUUAACCCCUCACCUGGGGAAUGCUUCUCGGUUUUCUUUUAUGCCAACAAAGGAGAAAGUUGGGGCUGCUGGGGGUUGGUGGAAAGACUGUGACCCUUUUCUCUGCAACCGGGGGGGAUCUGGGGGCAACUCUGUCUUCCUAAAACCUUCUGGCUAUGUGCUUUGGGCUGUGGAAUGAACCUGUGUGUGAAUGUGCCGUUCUCUGGCCCCCACCUCGAAAUUCCUCUUCAGUUUCUUGCUUUAUUUGUCUCUGGGGCACUUAUCACUUGGCAUGCCGUCUCUCCUCGCCCAGGGCCCGCUAGAAUGCAAGCCCCCACGGGAGCAGGGAGCCUGCUUCCAUCACUGCUGUGUCUCCGGCACCUACAGAUGGUGCCUGGCACACAGAUGACACUCUGUAAAUAUUUGUGGAAUGACGAAAUGUUUGUCAGCCCCCCAGGUUCUGAAUCCUGUGCCCAGGGAACCCAACGCGAGCAGGAGGAGGACGAGCGGCUUGCCUUGGAAACUCUCCAUCCCAGGAAGAUGCAGAGCCUCAGGCCGGAGCAGAUUCGGGGGCUGCUGGAGCCCGAGAGGGCCAAGACGCUGCUUCCCCGGGAGAGCAGGGCCUGGGAGAAGCGUGCCGCCCUCGCCAAAGACUGGGUGGCUGUGGAGGUUGGGGCCACCAACUGUGACGGUGACGAGAAAGGUCUGUCUUCUCAAGAGCCUGGGCUGGCCCAGGAGUGGAACGCAGUGGAGGGAGAUGACGAGUCAGAAGACUCUCAGGAUUUUUUUUUCAUGUCGCCACUGCCUGGCUUUCCAGAUAACUCCCUAUGUCAUAUCCAUUCCCCAAACUUUCCUGAUAUUUUAAGACCUGUUGCACUCUACUCAUCACUAUUUUGGAGAAGAAUUGUCACCAUUAACCGUUUUGUCUUCCCAUCCUUCAUCAUGGGCUUUGUGGAGUGGUCGAAAGCUCCACAACAAACGACCAUAGUCUUGGUAGUGUGUGUCCUGUUUUUGUUCCUGGUUUUAACAGGGAUGCCUAUGAUGUUCCACAUUUAACUACAGUGAUGACGACUGUUCUGAAAUAGAUGCACUGUUUCUUGUUAAGGAAAUGUCUUGGUUAAAAAUCAGGAAUAGGUUAUUAGCAAAUGCCUUUUAAACAUCUAUCAAGAAAAAAAAUUUUUUUUUGUAUUUAACCUUUUGGGGUGAGGUUUUGCAUUAUGGUAUUUCAUUGAACUUAAGACAUUGUUGAUUGUAAAACACAUAUUAUUUUAUAUACGACUGAGAAAGGAAAAUAUGCUGCUUCAUCGUAAGAUGCCACCAACCGGAAGAUGCAUCCCUGCUUCAGAGAGGACGAAAAAAUGUGCAACUUGGGAUUGAUGAAAUCUGGUAGACUUCUUAAUAUCACAUCAUCUUUGUAGUCUUAGGAUCAUGGUGCACCAGUCUUUCCAGACCCUGAAUUGUACUUCAUGAUAUUUUAUGUAUGACUCUCGCCUCUCUCUUCAUAUGUAAGAUUGGUGCUAUAUUUGUCACGUUUUGGUAACAUGGCCAGACUUGCAUCAUAGAAGGACGUCACUUUUAUUGUUGUCUAAACCUUAGAAUAGUUUCCGUAGCUUAAGAAGUAUCACUUCCUUGACAUUUUGAAAGAAUUUACCAGUAAUCAGGGCCUGGAGCUCUGGGGAGAAAGUUUCAGCUAAAUUCUUGGGGGGCUUUCUCAGUUUCUUCCCAUGUUAUCGGUUUAUGAAUACUUUUUACCUCAUUAAUUUUGGUGAUUUAUAUAGCGUUUUUGUUUUUUUUUUAAUGCCCUAGGAAAUUCUUCAUUCCAUUGAACUUUUCAGAUUAUUGGCUGAAUUAUGAAUACUAUUCUAUAAUUAAAUGAAAAACUUCUCUUUAUUUUGUUCUAACCCCUUUCUUCCUUUCAACUUCUGUUUGUGGUUGGCCCACUAUUAGAUUUAUCGAAGUUUUACCUCAUCUACGAUUACUUUUCCAAGAACUAGCAUUGGGAUUUAUUUAUAUCCAUAUUUCUCUAGUUUGUAAUUUGUUUUCCAUUAAUACGUAUGGGGUUUAUUUAUUUUUUUUUAUUAUUUCUAUCUCUUGUCUGUUUUUACAUUGAGUAAUUAAUUCAUUUAUAAUCUCUUCUUACAAAAUUAUUUGCUAAACUAGUGUACUUAAUAAUAAAUGUACUUCUCUGAUUGUAGCCUUGGCCACAUCUUAAAGUUUGGUAAUUUGUGUUCUUGUUUAUGUUGUUGCCUAAAUGUUAUAUUGUAGUGUUUCUACAAUAUAAAGAGUACUUUAAACUCAGUGAUCAGGUUUAUUUAAAAAUAGUUUUGUUUUAAUGAUUUACUGCACAGUGAAAAUGUGGCCUCUAAUAUAUCUGCUUUCAACACCCUUUUAAAAGCUUUUAUUGUGGCCUGCAACACGUCCAAUGUUUGUACAUGUUUUAUGGACAUUUAAGGUGAAUAUGUAUUUUCAGUCUGUAGGAUUCGAAACUCUACAUGUCUGUUAAUUAACUCAGUCUUAUCAGUUAUAUUGCUUAGAUUCAUGUGUUAUUUAAUUCUGGCUCACCUUAUCUGUCAAAAACCAGUAAGGUUAUGUGAAAAUCUGUUCGUAUGACUGUGUUUGUCAAUGUAUUUUUGUAACCUUUGCUUUAUGUAUUCAGCCACUGUGUCAUCUGCUGCACAUAGUUACAGCACUGUUAUGUCUUUGCCAAUUAAAGAAUACAUGCAAGACACUAAGCACAAUACCAGCAGACGGUAGCCACGCAAUAAAUGUUAGUUAAAACCUGAUUCUGAAUCCUUUGUGAAAUAGAAAAUGAUCGUCUUUAAA